CCCGCUCUCAGUUCAAAAAAAACCAAACAAAAGACAACUUGCUAAAAACAAACAAAUAAGCUAAAAUUUCAUCAAUUUGAGAAGAAAUUACAAAGAAUAAAAAUAUUAAAUAUUGCACCAAAUAAAUAGAAUUUUACAAAGUCAAACUAAGCCUAAGAAACAGAAAACAAGGUUGAAAAUAUAUUUAUAAACUAAAAGAAAUAUAUUCAUAUAAAAAAAAUCACUAUGCGUUCCCUGCCCAUGUUUUUCCGCAUGGCCGAGGAGAUGUCCCGGAUGCCCCGACUCACCUCGCCUUUCCAUGCCUUCUUCCACGAGCCGCCCGUAUGGAGUGUGGCUCUGCCGCGGAACUGGCAGCAAAUUGCCCGCUGGCAGGAGCAGGAGUUCGCCCCGCCGGCCACCGUCACCAAGGAGGGAUACAAGCUCACCCUGGACGUCAAGGACUACGGUGAACUCAACGUCAAGGUGCUUGACGAGAGCGUUGUUCUGGUGGAGGGCAAGUCAGAGCAGCAGGAGAGCGACCAAGGAGGUUACAGCUCUAGGCAUUUCCUCCGGCGCUUCGUUCUGCCGGAGGGUUACGAGGCUGACAAGAUCACAUCCAGCUUGAGCAGUGACGGCGUCCUCACUAUCAAUGUGCCCAAUCCGCCAGCGGUGCAGGAGGCACUUAAGGAACGUGUGGUCCCCAUUGAGCAGACUGGAGAGCCGGCCAAGAAAAGCGCUGCACAAGCGGAGGAGUCCAUUGAGAAGUGAACUGGAGAUGGACACGGUGUAUUGACUGAAGUGUAACCAUUGCUAGUGAACCCCAUAGUGAUUAUGUAUUGCUAAUUCCGAAAGGAGAGUCUCAGAAUUCAUUAUUGAAAAAAAAAAAUUGUUUUAAAAUCCUUACCGGUUUCUGUAGCACCUUUGAUACAUUGAAAUCAAUUAAGCAAAUAUUUUUUUAAUGUUUUAUUUUAAAAUAUAUUUAGAAAAAAUAAAUGUUAAAUAUGAACUAUUCCUGAACAGCA